AUGAAGAAGUUUAAUUUUCGAAAAGUUUUGGAUGGCUUAACUGCCUCUUCCCCUGGCAGUGGUAGCAGCAGUAACAGUGGAGGGGUUGGAAGUGGCUCCGUUCAUCCAGGAGGGACUGCAGGGGCUCUCAGAGAGGAGAUUCAGGAAAGCCUGACUUCAGACUAUUUCCAGAUUUGCAAGACAGUUCGGCAUGGUUUUCCUUAUCAGCCCACAGCACUGGCCUUUGAUCCAGUCCAGAAAAUCUUGGCUAUUGGAACAAGAACAGGUGCUAUACGAAUACUUGGGAGGCCUGGUGUUGACUGUUACUGCCAACAUGAAAGUGGUGCAGCUGUCUUGCAGCUCCAAUUCCUGAUCAAUGAGGGCGCUUUGGUUAGUGCGAGUUCAGAUGAUACACUUCAUUUGUGGAAUCUGAGACAGAAAAGGCCAGCCAUUCUUCAUUCCCUUAAGUUUAACAGAGAACGAAUUACUUACUGUCAUCUACCUUUCCAGAGUAAAUGGCUCUAUGUUGGAACAGAAAGAGGAAAUACACAUAUUGUAAAUAUUGAAUCUUUCAUUCUUUCUGGGUAUGUCAUCAUGUGGAACAAGGCAAUUGAACUAUCCACCAAGACUCACCCAGGCCCAGUUGUUCACUUAAGUGAUAGCCCAAGAGAUGAAGGGAAACUGUUAAUAGGUUAUGAAAAUGGUACUGUAGUAUUCUGGGACUUGAAAUCUAAAAGAGCAGAACUGAGAGUUUAUUAUGAUGAGGCUAUUCAUUCAAUUGAUUGGCAUCAUGAAGGCAAACAAUUCAUGUGCAGCCAUUCGGAUGGUAGCUUGACUUUAUGGAACCUGAAAAGCCCAAGUCGCCCUUUCCAAACCACAGUACCACAUGGAAAAAGUCAAAGAGAAGGAAGGAAGUCUGAGCCUUGUAAACCGAUUCUUAAAGUAGAGUACAAAACUUGCAGGAACAGUGAACCAUUUAUAAUAUUCUCUGGUGGGCUGUCAUAUGACAAAGCUUGCAGAAGACCAAGUUUAACCAUCAUGCAUGGAAAAGCAAUUACAGUACUUGAAAUGGAUCAUCCUAUUGUUGAAUUUCUAACUUUAUGUGAAACACCUUAUCCAAAUGAAUUUCAAGAACCCUAUGCUGUUGCUGUACUUCUAGAGAAAGAUCUCAUCGUAGUUGAUCUGACACAAACCAAUUUUCCAAUCUUUGAAAAUCCAUAUCCAAUGGACAUUCAUGAGUCACCAGUUACAUGCACAGCAUAUUUUGCCGAUUGCCCUCCAGAUUUGAUUCUAGUACUCUAUUCUAUAGGAGUCAAGCAUAAAAAACAAGGAUACAGUACAAAGGAAUGGCCAGUCAGUGGAGGAGCUUGGAAUCUUGGAGCACAAACUUAUCCAGAAAUCAUUAUUACUGGUCAUGCUGAUGGAUCAAUAAAAUUUUGGGAUGCUUCUGCAAUGACUCUGCAGAUGUUGUACAAGUUAAAAACUUCAAAAGUAUUUGAAAAGCAGAAAGUAGGAGAUGGCAAACAAACAUGUGAAAUUGUAGAGGAAGAUCCAUUUGCUGUUCAGAUGAUUUACUGGUGUCCAGAGAGCAGAAUAUUUUGUGUAUCAGGAGUCUCUGCAUAUGUUAUAAUUUAUAAAUUCAGCAGACAUGAAAUUACAACAGAAAUAGUGUCAUUAGAGGUACGACUUCAGUGUGAUGUUGAAGAUAUUAUUACCCCGGAGCCAGAAACAAGUCCUCCAUUUCCAGAUCUCUCCUCUCAACUCCCCUCUUCAAGGAGUCUUUCUGGAAGCACUAAUACUGUGUCUAGUGAAGGGGUGACAAAGGACAGCAUCCCGUGCCUCAGUGUUAAAACACGGCCCGUUCGGAUGCCACCUGGCUAUCAAGCAGAUCUUGUUAUUCAGUUGGUGUGGGUAGAUGGUGAGCCUCCCCAGCAGAUUACCAGCCUUGCAAUAAGCUCAGCAUAUGGAAUAGUUGCAUUUGGAAACUGCACUGGGUUGGUUGUAGUGGAUUUCAUACAGAAGACAGUACUAUUAAGUAUGGGAACCAUUGACCUCUAUAGAUCAAGUGACCUGUACCAGCGACAGCCCCGAUCUCCUCGAAAAAACAAGCAGUUCAUUGCAGACAACUUUUGCAUGCGUGGGCUGUCUAACUUUUAUCCUGAUUUAACGAAACGGAUCCGUACUUCCUAUCAGAGCUUAACAGAGCUGAAUGACAGUCCAGUUCCCCUGGAACUUGAGCGCUGCAAGUCUCCCACUUCAGACCAUGUAAAUGGACACUGCACAAGUCCAACUUCUCAGAGUUGCAGUUCUGGAAAACGUCUUUCCAGUGCUGAUGUUUCAAAAGUAAAUCGCUGGGGUCCUGGAAGACCACCAUUUAGAAAGGCACAGUCAGCUGCUUGCAUGGAGAUUUCUUUACCAGUUACAACUGAAGAAGCCAGAGAGAAUUCCUAUAACCGCUCCAGGAGCUCUAGCAUCUCCAGUAUUGACAAAGACUCCAAAGAAGCAGUUACAGCUUUAUACUUCAUGGAAUCCUUCGCACGAAAGAAUGACUCUACUGUUUCCCCUUGUCUGUUUGUUGGAACUAGUCUGGGAAUGGUAUUACUCAUCUCCCUGAACCUACCAUCAUCAGAUGAACAAAGGUUUACAGAGCCAGUGAUGGUAUUGCCAAGUGGUACAUUCCUCUCAUUGAAAGGAGCUGUGCUAACAUUUUCCUGCAUGGACAGAACUGGCAGUUUAAUGCAGCCUCCAUAUGAAGUAUGGAGGGAUCCAAACAACACAGAUGAAAAUGAAAAAACGUGGAAAAGGAAAUUAGUUAUGAACUACUCCACUUCAUCCCAAGAAACAGGCGACCAUCAGUAUACAAUAAUCUGCUCAGAAAAGCAAGCCAAAAUCUUCUCACUGCCGUCUCAGACCUGCCUUUACGUUCACAACAUCACAGAGACCUCUUUCAUUCUGCAAGCAGAGGUGGUGGUCAUGUGUAACAGUGCCUGCUUGGCCUGCUUUUGUGCAAAUGGGCAUAUCAUGAUAAUGAGUUUACCUAGUCUCCGCCCAAUGUUGGAUGUAAAUUAUUUGCCACUGACAGACAUGAGGAUAGCACGGACAUUUUGUUUUACUAAUGAAGGACAGGCAUUAUACCUCGUCUCUCCUACUGAAAUCCAGCGGUUAACAUAUAGCCAAGAAAUGUGUGAUAAUAUUCAGGACAUGUUAGGCGAUUUGUUUACUCCCAUAGAAACACCAGAAGCUCAAAAUAGAGGCUUUCUCAAGGGACUAUUUGGUGGAAGUGGACAGACAUUUGACAGAGAAGAGCUCUUUGGAGAAGCUACAGCAGGAAAAGCAUCCCGAAGCCUUGCACAGCACAUUCCUGGACCAGGAAGUAUAGAAGGGAUGAAAGGUGCUGCUGGAGGGGUGAUGGGAGAGCUUACCCGAGCCCGAAUUGCACUUGAUGAGAGAGGGCAACGGCUGGGCGAGCUGGAAGAGAAGACUGCAGGGAUGAUGACCAGUGCAGAAGCAUUUUCCAAACAUGCACAUGAGUUAAUGCUGAAAUACAAGGAUAAGAAAUGGUACCAGUUCUAACCAUCUAAAGAAGCUGUGACUGCUUUGAGAAACCAUUAUUCAGGGAAACCAAAUUUAUUCCCAGCAUCACUAUUCAACUGCUAGAAACCAGUUUCUUCUACAAAAUGUUUCAUUAGAGCCCAUCUGAAGUUAUCCUAAGGAGGCGUACCCAAGGCAAAGCCGCUGUACACCAUGCAAGCUGGAACCCCGGUUACAAUCCCAAGAUAAUGGCUGAAUUUGUCUUUUCCCCAUGUGGAAUGGACGUUAUCAUCUUGGCAUAUAAUUUGCUAAGAAUUUGUGUUUGGAAACUAUUGGGGAGUCCUUUUGAUUUGAAAUUUCCUGUACAAAAAAAAAAGCAUUAAUGCACUUAAUGAAAAAAAUCUUUGCAUGAUAAAUUAAUAUCUUAAGAGGAAAAGAAACAAAAGCAUGUUAUAACAGAAGAAAAAAGGAUUUAUGGUAAACUACUUUUAUGAAUUGGGCCACACCCAACAGUUUAAAAAUCUGCAUUAGAAGAUAACAGUGCAUUUCAAGUGUAUCUGCCAUACCCAACCAAAAAGGAAUCAAAACAAACCCAGAAUUUUUUUUUUUUCAUCUGAAACUUCCCUUAGUAUACUAGGACAUUACCUAUCAAAUUCUUCCUAGCAAAAAUCUGAUUAACAUUUUUCUCUCUUCAUAGGGUUUCACAUCAUUUACAGCUCUCACUCAUAAUCAAGUUCUGCCAGGAUAGUGAAGUAUUCACAACUCUUCUUUCUAUUUCUGUCACCCUCAGGAUGAACCUGUGGUUUUAGUCCUCAGCCGAACAGGGCUGAGUCACCUCCCAGCAUUCCUUCAGCUUGGUUUGUAGUCUACAGAGGAGUUGGCGAUAGGUUUGCAGGCACUAGAUGACAGGAACAAUGCAGUUAGUUUUGAGAACUGAUUUCACAAGGAGUGGAAUUUCACAUACCCC